UUAAGGAGGUGGGGGAGGGGCAGAGGUGAAAAGUAAUUCUGGAGAGCGUCUGUCUACCUGAUAGUCGAAAUGGAAUUCAACUCUUCAUCUCCGGAACAGAACGCUAUUGAUAUGAGUCUGGAAGAGAAGAUUGUGAUGGGCUUUGCUCUCAGCAUGGUCUUUCUUGUGGGAGUGCCGGGAAACUUCAUGGUGAUCUGGACAAUCCGGAGCCACAUUAAAAAACGCUCUGCGACCAUCCAGCUGGUGUUGAACCUGGCGCUAGCCGAUCUCCUCACCGUGCUGAUAGUGCCAGUCAUUAUCUAUGAGAUUACCGCCGAGUGCUUGCCCGCUUCUCUCUCCUGGAUGCCAAAAACGACAACCUACCUCCUCCUGGUCUUCAUGUAUGUCAGUGUGUUCACAAUCACGGCGAUAAGCGUCCUGCGACUGCUGGCUGUCCUGCACAUAUUCACUCUGCAGGACUUGCAGAGGCGAGCAACCACUGAGAAGAUCAUUGCUGCUCUCUGGGCUGUAGCUCUGCUUUCUGCUGGCCCCGCGUUUACAGGCUCCCAGUUACACCAAGGCUGUGCGGAGAAAUUCGGCUUGCGGCACGAAGCAGCUUAUAUUUUGGGGAAUCUGUUGGGCUUUGACAUUCCCUUAAUUGUAAUGUGUCUCUGUUACGCACUUGUAGUGAGAAGAUUAAAGCAAAUGGCCUUCAGAACCAAAAGGAGAGGCGCAGUGCUACUUAUGAGAGUUCUGGUGGCCUUCAUACUCUGCUGGCUUCCCUGGAACAUCACUAAUGUCCUGCUCAUCUGUUCUUAUCACACAACUGGCCACACCAGAGAGGCAUUACUCAAAACCGUUUCAGACUUGAAAGCUUUCACGACAAUUUUAGCCUUUGUCAACAGCUGCAUCAACCCCAUUCUCUAUGCAUUCACUUUCCAGAAUUUUCAAAUCGGAUUCAAGAUGUCCAAUAUUGCGAAGCUCUUUGAAGAAAUGAACAGCAGUUUCAAGGAGAAAUCGGACAAAUCAGCAGUUGACUUGGCAGAGCAAAGUACUGCACUAAAUAAAUGAUUUUCGGCUUCAAUUCGGGCAUCAAUGCUCAGGGAUCAGUCUUCCUGAAUGCUUCUUCGUGGAUAAAGACGCUGUAAAAAGCAAGGGCUAGGAUGCCAUUUUCAGCCAAUGAACUAGGUUUGGGUAAAGGAUUUGCUGUUUAAGAUUAUAUAUACAUGAUUCUCUUUUCUUGAGUACCCUGCUACCUUCCCCCCAUGCCUCUAGAGCAGACUACUAUUGUUUCUUUUAAACUACUUUGUUUGCAGCUUUCGUAGGUAAAUAUUGUCUGUAUCCGACUUGCUGUGUUUGGUGGGUUCAGCUGCCUAGACCGUGAGAGUAUUGUACAAAACGAUGCCAAUGGCAUUGAGUUCCAUCCCUGUCCAGGCUGUACAAGUUCACAGAGGGCUGCUCCCUUAUCCACAUCCUGAUGAGGAGUGGCAGCCUCAAGCUGUACAACCACUGAUCUUUCACCAAUAGGGUGGCAUGGUGGUUAGCACUGCUGCCUCACAGAACCAGGGACCUGGGUUCAAUU